AUGGCAACAACAACGACAACUUCACCCCAGCCCAACGCUGCCACCAAUCGUGCUGCCGUGAACCCCGCGCUUCCUCCUAUUACUACAGAAACACCUUCGAAACUCCCGCCUAUGCGACGCAUAUCAUCCAGCGCCAGAGAGCGACUAUCUGUAUACUCUACGGUCUCACAAACAUCUCAGCAUCGGUCGCGACCCGUUUCGCACGUCUUUCCGCUUUUCCAUUCAAGCUUGCCAUAUGCCUUAGUGCGCGACUUUGCCUAUGCGCCCAUACAUCCUCUGCAUUACGGUCCGUUACCAGUCUCGUCGCGAGCGUCCACUCCUGCCAGUGAGAGCAGACGCCUAUCUGAUCCGCAGAUCGGGUCGUGGGAACCAUCGCGCCAUUCAUGGUCCUCGAACAGCGGGGCAUCCGAAUCAUUUGGACAACAAUUGCCGGCUGUGUCGUUUGGCGAUGGACCGCCAUAUAGUGAAGAUGAAGAUCUGCACAGCCCUAUUAUAACAUCGCGCUAUCGCAAGCACAAAUCCGUACAUACCUUUGGAGAUACAAGAGGUUUUGGCGAUAGUGGGCGAGAUGGUGAGAAUGAUCUGAUUGACCGUGGCACCCUGGUGGCUGUCAAUGGAGACGGAAGUGAAACCUAUUAUGUUCAAGGGGAUCAGGACGCAAGUGAUGGACCUGGCGGCGAGUAUAUCACAUACCCAGCCGGCGAUAGCAGGUAUUCUCAAUAUGCCUACGGUGGGAGCGGAGGGGGCGGAGGAGAUGCUGCCAAUACAGAGGAAUCUGCACAUGGAGGAGACUACGCAUACGAAGAUGAUUAUUCAGACCGAUAUUCGCGCGAUUAUCACUUUUCUAUUGGGUCGCCAGACGAGGAAAUGCAUGGCAAAGCGGUUGCCCUGUUUGACUUUACGCGCGAGCAUGAGAAUGAACUUCCCUUGAAAGAAGGGCAGGUGAUUUUGGUAUCUUAUAGACAUGGUCAGGGCUGGCUUGUUGCAGAGGAUCCAAGGACGGGUGAAUCCGGGCUGGUGCCGGAGGAGUUCGUGCGAUUGGUACGUGAUAUUGAAGGGGGUCUUAGCUCUUUGAACGGAGAGUUGUCUGGUGCAAACGAUCAGCAGCAGCCGGAGAAUACGACCGCUACGGCUGACGAGAGUCCGAGCAAUCUAUCGGCAGAGCAGGGAGAAACGGCAACGCCGACGAAUGGGAAUCAUCAGAGUGAAACGUUGGAUAAAGGGACACAAGAAAAGAGCUCUUGA